AUGAUGGAGGGUCGAGUCAACAAAAAUGAGCCACCCACAACAGGCCCCCACCUAACCAUUAGCUCCCUGAAAACUUUCUUGGAUAGCCCCACUGCCCAGAGCGGCCCAAUAUGGAAACCAACCUACCUCUUCGUCUACGGCUCACUCAUGGACCUGGAUGUCCUCCAAUACGUGCUGGGCUCACCCCGUCGACUGCCUCCUCUCCGUCCCGCACGGCUGAAAAACUACAGGAUGAAGAUGUGGGGAAUUUACCCGACUCUCAUUCCUAGCAGCAACGACAGCAACAACAACAACAACAACAGCAGCAGCAGCAGCAGCAAGAAGAGCAGUGGUAAUGAAAGUGGAGGUGGAAAGGGGAAUGUCGAUGAAAUCUCCGGCGCACUCUAUUUAGUCGAGCACCCAACACAUUUCGCUCUUCUAGAGCAGUAUGAGUCGAGCGCUUACACAUGGCACCACUGUGUCGCGGAGUUCACCGAUGAUGGCGGGUCGACGACAGAGCAGAGCGGGUUCGAAUGCCGGACAUUCAUCUGGCGUGGGGACCCGGAUAGUGCGGAGUUGACGGAUGGGAGGUUUGAUUUGGAGGUAUACCAGAAAUAUUAUAAACCCCAAUUACUUUAG